GGACGCCCCGCUCCUCACUUCUUUUUCUUCUUGCUGUUCCGCACUACCGUAGACUCCAACGAGCGCUUAGGGGAGGAACGAAUUUAAGCAAUAGCAAUAGCUAGAAUUUUGCUUGGCAUUUUAUUCUCAUUGAUGAAUUCACCACAAUCAACAAAUUUGCGGCGUGAUGAAGAAUCAAGAUUUACACAUAACAAAGAUGACCGUUUAAUUAUACGGUUGACAAAUGGCGAGGACAAGCUAAAAUGUAGGCAAGAAUGGAUGUGUCAACAAGAGCUAGAGAGACAACGUGAAAGAUUAAAACAACAAAUGAUAUUAAACUACGGCAGAAAACAUGCUGAAAUUACGAAACAUAAUCAAACAUCCUCACAUCGUAGUCGAAGCACGAGCAGCAAUACAUUGCCAUUGUAUUUUCGACAUAAAGAAAAAUCCAUGUCGAGCGCUGCUUUCAAGUCUGAUAUUGUGUCCAAAAAAUUAGAUGGGUCCGCAAGUGGGGCAGUACCUUUGUUCAAGGGUCCCGAAGGCGCACAGUUUAAUAUUAAGGACUUGCGUCAAAUUGAAGUUAAUAUUCGCAGGAAUAUUCUUGUAAAAGGGCCGGUUACUGAACUACAACGGGAUAUACUCGAUCCUGAGGAUGUAAUCCUCGAAAGAAGAGAGGGGGAAGGACGUAGACCAAUAUUUGACAGAGAUGAAAUUAAAAAGGCAGUUAGCGAAGUGAAGAAACAACAUACGCUUGUAGCCACAAAUAGCGAGCAAUCCGGAAAAUUACGAAUUUUCAAAAGAUGUUCGUCAUCGUUGAGUCUUAAUAGGAGCCGCAGUUAUAGUCCUGGAUAUCCAUCUCACAUCAGAUCUCGAAAUGCCGAAUCGAAACAUCAUAGAAGAGUAGAAUACAAUUAUUGUCAUAAAAGUGACAGACAUGACAAUACAGAUAAUAAGGAACAUAAAGAAAAAUAUAUAGGUAGAGACAUAAGAAGGCACAAUAAUAAUCAUUCAUACUCCGAAGAACGGAAUGCAAGCAGUUCCCAUUCCAGAUCUAUUAUAGAGAACAGAUCUUACUGCAAUCGAUAUCGGGAUAGAUAUCGAAAUAGAUCAAACGAACGUUCUCAGGAAAAAGGAGACAGAGAUAAAGAUAGAGAUAGGAAUAGAUGUACAGAACGAGAUCGAAAUAGAAACCGUGACAGUUUCAGAAAUAGAAAAGACACAGCGCCACAUUGUGUUAAACCUGUACCUAUGGAUAUUUAUUACGGUACUUUACCUCCGAGGCCACUCUUGAUGAGUCCUAUGGUCCCAAUCCCUAGAGGACAGUUUCCUCUAUUGAGAGGAAGGCGGCAUCCUUCUUUAAUGGCGCCAGUCAGAUCAUUUCCACCGCAAUUUAUUCCACCUGAUGUGUAUAGAAUGGAACUUCCAGUCCCUAAUAUAAAAUAUAAGCCUAUGUUCUGAUGAGACCUGAAAAGGAGCGAAAUGGUUUUUUGGUUCACUUGCAGGCAAGUCGGAUCAUAUGUUUUGAUUGCCUUUUCGAGACGUGCAUUUGGUAAUUUACGGACUAAUGAGUGAAUAAGUGAUAUCAUAUUUCUAAAGGAAAUCAUUUGGGUUGAGUUCCAAGAGAAAUGGGAAUGAUUAAUUUUAAGUUAAUUGCGUUAAGAUUCGAUAUUAAUACGCGAUACUCUAUUUUGUAUAAAUGUUAAUGCUGGUUCUUAUCCGAGCUGAUGUUACCUGUAAAGGAUGAGAUUCGAAAUUAAGAAUAUAUUAGUUCUGUUUCUUGGUAACAUAAUUUGUAAUUAAUUUUAAUUUAUAAUAAUUAUCGUUGAUGUA